AUGCAAGAAUGGGACAUGAAUCACGAAGAAGGAGUGUUUUUCAUGAUGAAUGAAAUUCAAGAAAUGGUGUUCUUGAACAAAGACAAAUACAUCCCUCCAAAGAUUGAGCCCAACACCGAUAAAGACAGAGUUUGCACAUCCCAAACUGGGGAUUUAACCAAACCCGAUAGAGCCAUUGACGGAAUCUUUGGAUUCGGUCAACAAGGACUCUCGGUAAUCGUGCAGCUUUCUUCACAAGGGAUCGCUCCAGAUGAUUUCUCUGAUUGUCUCGUCGGAAACGGUGGUGGUGGUGGGAUUCUGGUUCUAGGUCAGAUAAUCGAGCCAACCAUGGUGUAUACUCCAUUAAUCCAGUCAAAAUCGCAAGACUAUCUUCUUCAACAGAACUCGAUGGUACAGGAUCUUCUGAUUUUGGCUUGCAGUCAUGCUGUUUCCAUUUAUACCCUUGUCCCUGGGGAAUGUAUAAUUGGAAACAACAAUACUUGUACCAUCGAGUUCUCUGAUGAGGUGUUUCUUAUGAUAGCCAAUUUGAAAUCAAGUUCUAAAAGAAUGUGGAGAAGACUACAAUUUGUGAGCUUAAACUCGAUGAAGCAAAUGUUAAGCACUUUAAGGAAGCUAUUGACAAUAACUAUUGGUUUGAGUUUUUCAUGGAUGAUCUUCCAUUAUGGGGAUUUGUUGAUCAUUCAUGUCAACCUCACUCAAGAGAACCCAAAACCCUUGGAAGUUGGGAAAACUCUGGACAUGACUUACUCAGUCAAAUGGACAGAAACCAACAUCACAUUUGCACGCCGAUUUGAAGUUUACCUGGAUUACCACUUUUUUGAGCAUCGGAUUCAUUGGUUUUCCAUAUUCAAUUCAUUCAUGAUGGUUAUCUUCUUGACUGGAUUGGUUUCCACGAUUCUGAUACGGUCUCUUAGAAAUGACUAUGCAAAGUAUGCUCGGGAAGAUGAUGAUCUGGAGAGUCUGGAAAGAGAUGCUAGUAAGGAAUCUGGUUGGAAGCUUGUGCAUGGAGAUGUUUUCAGGCCACCUUGCAAUUUGGUUUUGUUGUCAGUAGUUGUUGGAACUGGUGCUCAAUUGGCACUAUUGAUUCUUCUUGUUAUAUUGUUUGAGAGGAGCAAUUGUGACAACAUUGAUAGUUUGUUAUGCUCUCAAACCAGCUUCUACUUUGGAUACACGGCCAUGUUCUGUCUCGGUUUAGGAAUCCUCUGUGUAGCCGUUGGGUAUUUGGGGUCGAAUCUGUUUGUGAGACGGAUCUACCAAAAUAUCAAAUAUAUCAAAAUGGUGCAAGAGAAGGAGAAUGUGCAGCUUAAAAGGAUUAACACAGGGUAUGAAAAAACCAAAUUACAGCUGGAAGACCAUGAAAAGAAACUAAGAGCACAUGAAGUGAUAAACGAACGUGAGAAUAAAAAGUUUGACACUGAGAAGAAAAUGGUAUUAAGAUCCACUGUUGGCAAUUUUGGAGUAGAAGAAGAAAAAGCCCUAAUCGGAGGUGGUCCUGUUCUUCCUCCCACCACGAUUCCCAGCUUUUGUUCGCCGGAACACCGAUUCCACCGUGGUUUCUGA